ACUUGCGUGCAUUCGUAACUCGCGCGCGCUUCAGAACGCACCUGACCGCGAAAUUAAAAAAUAUAACUUUUUUAAUUUUUACAAAAAUUUACGUCACAUUCCGAAAGUAUUUUAUAAUUCAAUUUUUUGUGUUAAUUGUGAUAAUUAUUAUAUUUUUGUGAUAAAAUGACACUGUACAGCAAACUCGUCCAGAUAAUUUUAGUCAGUGUGUGAUGAUCUCGGAUUUUGAGAGAACCGGAUUGGAGCCAUCAAUGGCGGAUGCCGUGGAGGGGGGCGCGGCUCUGGCCUGGCGGCUACUGGCCACACUAGAAGGAGGCUCGCUAGUGCUGGCUACGACGGCCAUUCUGGCUUACACAGCCAGGAAUCGGAGCAGGCAACACCGGCCGGUCGGCAGGGUGCUUGUAACAGACACAACAAGUCGAUUGGGCAGCGAGAUAAAGCGUCGACUUGAAUCGUACGGCUGCAUAGUGAGCACUGUGAUAGGCGGAGCGACGAGCGGAGCGGCGGGCGAGAGAGUUGACGCUCUCGUCGUAAUAGGAGCUGAGACAAGUACAAACGACCUUGACGGCAUAUCUGGACUCGUGUCCAAAGAUGUGUAUGAUAAUUUAAAGUUACUAGACUUGCUGGCGGCGCGCGUGCGCACCGGUGGGUACAUGGCAUGGGCCUGCGCGGGCGGCACAAGCGGAGCGUUCAGCGGGGCGACGGACGCCUUCGACGCUGCGCUCAGAGCGAGCUUACAGCACGUCGCUAAAAAUUCCCACUGUGAACCCGUAUGGGUCGGACGGUGCGAGACAGCGGAGUCGGCAGCGGAGCGAGUGGUCGCCGCGCUUGUUCCUUGUACCACACAACAAUCCUCUAGAUUUUCUAUUAGAAAUGCAGCCUACAAAAUAAGCGGUUGCAUCGGCAGAUGGCUGAAGAUCGUGACGUGACACCCGCGCUGUCUACCUCAACAACCCUCGUGUAUCUUGCCCUGUGUUAUAUUAUAAUAUUAUCUACUUACUUGUAAAUAAAUUAUUAUAUUCUCC